GUGGGGGGGAGCUGUACAGGGGUGUAAUGUGGGCUCCUAUGUGCAGCGCUGGAUGGACGGAGGGUCUGGAGGACUGGAGGUGCUGAGCGGAGCUCCACAUUCGGUGUCCUGUGCGUCCUCGUCCGGCGUGGAGCAGGACUCCUUUGAAAGACUACCUCCUCCAGAACAUGCCUUGUCACCAUGGUAACAGGACCCCGGGCAGACCAAGAAACACACUGGGACAAACUGGUCCCGCUCUCAUACCUGAUUGUGGAUUGUUCUGAAGAGAUUUUCAACUAAAUCAAAUAAAAUGAGUGAUUCCUAAUUUAUAGUUUUUAAGCUAUUUUCUCCACACAUUCAGCAUAUUGGCCCCAUUUCUAUUGAGAUGAUGUCAGGGUUUUACUGAUUUUCGAUAAAGCAGCAGCAGUCCCAAAUGGGUCUGUCCUAAACCAGGACCAGGAUGCACCAGCUGUUCAGUCGGGUGCUCGGCCAGAGGGAUCUUUCCCGAGCGGGGGACCUCUUCUCUCUGGAAGACGCAGAGAUUGAAGACUGUCUGUCACAAGCCCUGGACCAGAUCAAGACCAUAUCCUGCUCACCGGACUAUCUGACCAAUGACAACGAUCAGGCGGUGGUAGAGAUUUGCAUAACACGCAUCACCACGGCCAUAAGGGAGACGAGCUCCAUCGAGCGACACAGCGUUGCGCUGGUGGGGCUCUGGGAGUCGUGUCUGGAACAUAACCUCACGCCACAAGGUGAAAACACAGAGGACACGCCGCACGCCAAGAUUGCCUCUGACAUCACCAGCUGUAUCCUGCAGAACUACAGCUGUCCCUCGGUCAUGGUGCUGGCCGUGCCGGUGGCGGUGCGGUUCCUCCAGAGAGGGAACAGGGAGCUCAGCAGGAACAUGUCCAGUUAUCUCUCGUUGGCUGCUAUAGCCAAGGCUGAUCUGUUGGCUGAGCACACAGAGGCCAUUACACUCAGCGUGCUGGGAGGUAACCACAUGCUGUUGCGAGUGUUGCCCUCAGUUUACCCCCCGACAACCAGAUACCAUCCACUGUCAACCUCGGCGACCCUCACCACAAUGAUGACGCAGCUGGAGUCUCCAGAGCAGCAGCACCUGAUCAGACUCAUCCAGAUGGUCGCAGAGCAACAUCCACUUAUGUUAAGCCCUCAGGUGCCUUUGCUGGUUGGUUACCUCAGUGACAAGUCUCUGACUGAGUCGCUACUGGGCGUGCUGGUAGACGUGUCGAAGGCCAGCCCUUCCUCGCUGGUCAGCUUCCUGCCUGUGCUGAGGACUGUGGGACACCAGUGCCCCGCUCUCCUGGGUCACGUGGCCAAAACCCACGGCGCCGUCGGUAUCAUCAGUGAGACUCAUGCUCACAGCUCGUUGGUCUACCUCGUGUCCCUGCUGGGCAGCAUGGAGCACAGCUUCCACCACACCCUGCUGCUGGAGAUCAGAGCUCUGACUGACCGUCACCCCUCUUUACUGGGAGGCUGCGGGAAAGACAUCUACAGGAUGAGCAACUCCUUCACCGCCAUAGCCAGACUGUUGGGGAGGCGGCUGGAGGAGAGCGUGGUGAUGCGUUGCAGGCUGGACGAAGCGUGUCUGCCAUCUCCCUGUGCAUCGGUUCCAGGGGGAGGAGGAGGUGGGGGAGGGCGGGGGGCGGAACAGCAGCUUCAGGUGAAGAUCCAGGCCUUCGAGGAGAAGAUGGGGGAAGCUAGGGCAGAGGAGGAGCUGGAGGAGGAGUCCCCUGCCUCCCUGCGACGCUACAGCCUGAGCCAAGCCGUCAGGGAGGAGAGACGAGAGAUGAGAUUCAACAGGUCAAAGAGCUUGGCCCUCCACGCUGUGCACUCACGCUCCAUCAACUCAGACGCCGGGGUCGACGGUGAUGGAGUGGAGCUAAGUCCGGACAACAUCUCUCCCAAUACCUUGACUAAUCAGCAAACAGGAAACCAGGAGGCGCCACCUACCGACAGGAAGCGGACCGCUGAAGGCUCCGUGCCCGUCCCCCCCGCGGUGGAGAGAGGGGUCAGAGAGGCAGGGAAAGGUGAAGUCAGAGAGGAGGAUGGAAAGAUGGAGGAGCAGGACGAAGCAGACAGACUCUUUGUCCAUUUAAGAGACAACAUGGAGACGAUCAGUGCGUUCUGUAGAGACGUGGUGCGGCAGAUCCCAGCACCAGAGCAGUGUGUGAUAGAAGAUUCAAAUCGAGGCUGUGUGGCCAAGCUGUCGUUCUCCUGUCCUCUGAAGGGCCACUACUGCCUGUACACCAAGUCCUGCUUCAACCUGACCAGCCGACAGCCGCAUCUCUGGAUCCGCAUGAUGCUGCUGCAUCUACAGAGUAAGUCGAGUGUCCCUCUGUGCUCCAGGGACGAGUGCGUCCAGAGACUGGCUUCACUUUGGGGGAAGACACAGUUGAAGGGGGCUCACAGUUUCCCCAUGGCUAUGACACAGCACAGCACCCUGCACAGGAAGGACCUGGACAGUCUUCAGAUCCAGCUGGAUGAGGUGCGAUUCUUCGACCUGUUCGGGUACAGUGAGGAGGAAGGAGGCUGGCUCUGCUUCAUGUGUAACAACCCUGAGAAGGCCACAGUGGUGAACCAGGAGGGACAGCCUCUGAUCGAGGGGAAGCUGAAGGAGAAGCAGGUCCGUUGGAAGUUCAUCAAGCGCUGGAAAACCCGCUACUUCACCCUGGCAGGGAACCAGCUCCUCUUCCGCAGAGGCAAAUCAAAGGAUGAGCUGGAGGAUAUUCCUAUUGAGUUGAGCAAGGUGCAAAGUGUCAAGGUUGUGGCCAAGAAGCGUCGGGAUCGGGGUCUGCCACUGGCCUUUGAGAUCUUUACCGACAGCAAGACGUAUGUGCUCAAAGCUCAGGAUGAGAAGCACACAGAGGAGUGGCUGCAGUGCAUCAACGUGGCCGUGGCUCAGGCCAGAGAGAGGGAGAACAGAGAGGCUACCACCUACCUGUGAGGCCGACACACAGACAGACACAACGUCAAACGCAGACAAACAUCCCCAGGGAGUGUGUUUCUCUAGCGGUUGGGCAGUUUUUUAAGCACUUGUAAACAACCAACAGAGCUGUCUCUGAGGAGGGAAACACAACACAACACACAACAUAUACAUAUAUAUAUAUAUAUAUAAAUAUAUACUUCUAGUAGCACUUCAGUAGCACUAUAACUUCAUAUAUGUAACUGGUGGUAUCGAACUUCUUCUCCAAUCAAAUGCAGUAUUUUUUUUAAAUAAGAUUUAUUCAACCAGCAGUUUAAAAAGUUGUUACAUAUUUAAAAAGCUGACUCCCAAUACUUUACUGCUGCACUAGUAACCUUCUCAUGAUGAGAAUCAUAUACUGGACUUGUGUAGUGGUUAUAAAUGAAUGUUACAGUAUAACAGUGUUAAAGACUGAUGUGUUAAGAAAGAGAUCCUCAGCAGAUUGGAUCAUUCACUUCAAGCCCCUGCUUGAACCUGGGGACUGCUGAACUGCUGAGAGCUGCAACAACCAAACAAAUCAGCAUCUACACAAACUUUAACAAACUCAUAAAGACUUGUAGCAACACUGAGACUGAACAGAUGCUGGAGAGGAGCCUAAUGGACCAAUGGGAAGGAGAUACGACACUGGAAUUUAUUGUGUGUGACAGAGAGAAUGAUGCAGUCUUAAAAAAGACCUCUUAAGCUUUUUAUUUUCUGUCUUAUAUAUACAUAUAUAUAAUGUUACAUUGAUGUUCAUAUUAACUGGCCAAAGUUUCAAGACUAAAAUGUAAAAAAUAAUCUGUGUGACAAAUCUCUGAACGCUAGGUUUCCAACAGUUUUUCUACUUUUUUGACAGAUGUCAGCUCGUCAAUUUUUUUUAAAAGUCAUCCAAGUCCAAGCACAGCUCGUUCUCCCCAAACGGCCCCUUGAGUAGCAUUAAAAGCUUUAAAUGUAUAUGUACAAAUAUUAGAGAGUCCUGGAUUACUAUACUGUUAUUUGGUGGGGGGAUGGACUGCUGUAAAAACAUUUAACACUGAGCCAAACACUGGUCUUGAUACUGUAUUUCACCAGUAGGGGUUCCUGAUUGGAGAAUAAUGAGACUGGGUGAGCCAAUUAUUGAGAGGGACUCCAGUCCACUUGGUGGCAGUAAUGAACUCCUAAAUGUCUGUCAACUGCCAAUAAUCUUUAAAUAAAGAUUAAUUUAGUGAAGCAGCAUCACAAUCAUUAGGACUUAAACAGCAAAACAUUGUGUUCUUAUACCUCACAACAAAUAUUUAAAUGUGUGGGCUUAAAAUCCAAAAUGCUGCCGUAUAGACACAGUUAUUUUUUUUUUUGUUUGAGACGACCAUUUUAAGUUCAACAUGUUUCCUGAACUUAACCUCCUGUAAUGUAAAAAGUGGCUAUAGACCGAUGUAGAAGCGAUAUCUCCACGCAGUUGCGUUCUGUCCCUUAAAGGAGCACAUGUUGUCGAUUUGCAUUAAUUUUGUUAUUCACUAGACUUCCAGCUGUUGCAUCUAUCAUUCCUGUCAACUUUGUGUCCUGUUGAAAAAUCUGGUGCUUGUCACACAAAGAGGAGAGCAACAGGUUUGUGCCCAUCGAGGAUCAAACCUGUGAUCUAUUUUGUGACCAGCAGCAAGUGUGUUUGUCCAUCUGUCCUCGAGUCGGGCUUCUUGUUCAUCAUCCCCAUGUCAACCUUGGUCUUGGUCACAGAUCCUAAUUCAGCAAUACACUUCUAUCGGAAAUAAACAUGAAUGCAUUAGCCGACAUGGUUAUCAGAGACAUUGGUUAAAGAUGACAUCCACAUUUUAAGGGUUAUUCUGAAUUCUAACACUUAUUGACUCUGUAUUUUUGCUUGUUUUGUGGACUUAAAUAACGUCAUUGUCUGAUACGAAAUGAAAGCAGUUGUGUGUCAUGCAAUAGCCUCUCAACAUUCAUGGACAUGCUGGUCCUCUAAUCAGGUUUUAAACAGCGACCCAACAGAAUAUAAUCACCAUAAAGAAGGUGCUUGACUUGCAAAGAGAAAAACUGUCACUGACAUGAGACCAAAAAAACAGCUGAGGUCAAAUAACACCAGUAAUGAACAUUUCCCAUCAUCCUAUCGGUGUUAAUGACAUAAGGAAAAACUGUUGAAUGCAGUCAAUGAACAACCAGAGAGAAAGAGGUUAUACAUGCUGUGUGUUUCCAAAACAGAUAUAAGCUGCAUGACGACAACUUGUUCCAGACACAAGAGGCAUCUUGGAAAUAGGCCGAUUAUUCAUUGGCAGGAUGGGAUGUAGAUAUUUCUAAGCAAAGGCUGAAACUAUAGCAUGUUUAACCUGGCUCAGGACGGAGCAAAGUGUAAAAGGUGAGAGUAAUGAUUCAUGGCUACAACAGUCGAGCCAAUUGAAUUAAAGUAUUUAAAAACAAGGAUGACGGAAGAACGUCGAGGGACAGUUUAGUGACAUCCUCGCAGGAAACAGGACAAAAGGAGUCCAGCAGGAAACACCAUUGGAUGGUUUGUUGAAGGAGGAAUACUUUGUGUCCACAGAACAUUUAAGAAGGUUAUGGUGUUAUAGUGUCACAGAAGAAAGGCACUUGUGCAGCAGUAGAUUGUGUCCUAAGAAGAACUUUGGUUGUCUUUUGCUUUAGCACCCCUCAUCAUUUUAUUCAAAGUGAAUUAAAGCUUUUUAAAUGCA